GUUGAUGACUACAUUCGCUGUUUGGAGCGAGGACGUGCUGCCACUGCAAAGUUGUCUGAUUUUCUCAGGAGAAGCUUGCAAUCACAAGUCCAAAGUGACACAUCCAAGUUGGGUUAAAUUGACCGAGAUCAGCAAGAGCUAGAAUCUCAGACUUUCCAAGUCCAUUGAUUUGUUUGUGGUGGAUCUUUGCUGGCAAAAGUUGUACGUGGAAGAUGUCUGCAUUGUUGCAAAUGUUGAUAUAAUCUUGAUUGCUUUGGGUAUUAAUCAAAUAGCUGAGGUGUGGUUUGCUAUGGACUCUCACCGUAGCAUAUUCCCCAUUUGCGUUGCAGAAAACACAGGGAAAUGAAGGUUGCAAACUAGCUAGUGCCAAUGACAUUAGUAAAAAAUGGAUUGAGUAGUAGUUUGCAUUGCAGCUUCUUUUUAAGACUCGUCCCAGAAACUAGUUUAUAUUUUUGAUGCUUGUAAGAGAAAUGUUUUAAAAGGAUAAUCUCAGAGACUCUUUUGCUUCAUAA